CCGAGUUCUGUGUAGCACUUUAACAAACAUAUGCAUAUACAAUAAAUCAUUUAUGUGAAGUGGGCUUUCAUAAAUAUUGUAAAUAAUUUACUGUAGCAUGUACUUGUUUGUGUUUAUUCAGAGGGUCAAAUCUUCAUGGUUGGACCUCGGGUCACCUUCAAUAAAAUCCCUCGACUCGACACGAAAAAUUCUUCUGUGGACAUCGAUCUCAUUGGGAUCGCCAGGAACAACACUGAAAGAUCAGCUGCUGUGGCUUUCAUGAGCUACAACAUGAUGGAGAAUCUACUGAAGCCAGACUUCUUCAACAAAUCCAAUGACACGAUUAAAACCAUGAUGUCCACUGUGAUCUCAGCUACUCUUCCCAAAACCACCAACACUACACUAACUAAACCAGUCAACUUCACCCUCAAACACAUCAGAGAGUUUGAUCCCAGCGGUUCUCUUUUCUGUGUGUACUGGAAUAUCAAUGAGUGGAUUGUAGAUGGUUGUUCUGCUUUAAAGUCCAACAGCAGCCACACUGUGUGUUCAUGUGAUCAUCUGUCCACAUUCGCUCUCAUCAUGCAAACCAGCAGCCGUCAGUCAGAGGUACAGAACAUUUCUAGUGAACACUUAAGAACAGCACAGAUUUGGUUCUCAUGUUCUCUCACAUGUUUUCUCAGAGCGACUCACUAAUGGAGCUGUUGGAUUUGGUGUGUGUGUCCGUGGGGCUGGUGUUCUUCACUUUGGCCCUGUUGACCUUUGCCCUUUGUCAGUGGAGUCCUGGAGUGAAUAAUGUGGCUCGAAUCAACAUCUGCAUCAGUCUUCUGUUGGCUCACCUUCUGUUUCUGCUCACACAGCAGUUCCUGAGCCUCAUACGUCCUCUGCAGGUGCUGUGUGCCGUGAUCUCAGGACUUCUGCACUUCCUCUUUCUCUCCGGCUUUGUGUGGAUGUUCAUUGAAGCUGUGCUGCUCUUCAUUUGUGUGAAGAACCUUUCACAGAUCAGCUCCAAAAAGAGGGAGGUGCUUAGCAGUGGAUUCCUGUGUGUGAUUGGAUAUCUGGUUGCUCUGGUUGUGGUGUGUGUUUCUAUGGGUCUGGUUCCUGAAGGCUACGGCAGUGAAUAUUGCUGGCUUAAACAUGAUAAAGGUUUUAUCUGGAGUUUUCUAGGUCCUAUUUCUGUCUUACUAGGAUUAAACACAGCUCUCUUCGUCAUGAUCGUCAUCACUCUGAACUCAACUCUCAAAAAACUGAAUGCUGAAGUUUCACAGAUGAAACAAACCAAGAUCAUGGUGUUUAAAACACUGGCUCAGUUUGUUGUUCUUGGUUGCCCCUGGAUUCUGGGUUUCUUCACUAAUGGCAGUAAGGUGCUGGAGAUCCUCUUCCUGAUCUUGAACUCCCAGCAGGGAACCUUCAUCUUCCUGAUCUACUGUCUCUUCAAUAAUGAGGUCAGGCAGCAGUACAGGAAGUUCUUCAGAUGUCUUUGCAGUGGACCCAAACAACUCUGAGGACUACAGAAUCAGGUUUAGAUAUUGCUGGAGUGCCAUUAUUAUGCAUUUGAUGUAAUUCUUACAGUAAAAUGUACAGUUUAGUAAUCUGGGUUUUGACCAGGUCAGGACUACUUCUGUAAAUCCUUAACAAUUUUUAAGGAUGUAUAAAUCUUAAUGAAUUUCCCCAGAUCACCUGUCUUGAUAUUACAGUUUUAAACACUUAUAUGUUCUACAUCAGUACUUAUUUUUAAAAACACAAGAUUGUCUUGGUGGUGGGAGUCAAGCAUAUUUUUUACAGCAUCCAUAAAAUGUUCUGAUAAACUAUUUAGUGUGUACAUGGAGAACGGAAAAAAAUCAUGACUUUACACUUUACAGUUUAAGUAUAAUUUUU